AUGAGUUUUAAUAUAAGGCAAUUAAAUUUAAACAAGAAUCCUGCAGCCAUAAAAGCAAAUAAUAUUUAUGAAGAAAACCCUAAUAAUCCAAAAAGGAUUCAAAAAAAUAAAGCAAAGACUGUUUCCUUGCUGAAUAGCGGGACACAAAAAAAUAAAGAAGAUAUUGAAUUAAAAAAGGCUAGCAAAAGAGUAAGAGACAUGGUCUCAUUUGUAGAUGCCUAAUUGAAGUAAAAUCCUAGAAGUAAAUUCGAUCCUAACAUAGAUAAAGAUAUUUAUGAGCUGAGAAAAUAACUUGAAGAAUAAAGACUUCAAGAUGAUUCUUAGAAUACUCGACUCUUGAAAAUAUAAUAGCAAGAAAGAAAAGUAAAUGAAGAAUAUAAGUAAAAAAAGAAAAAUAUGGAAAUUACUUUAGAAGAGUUAGCUCAUGAAGCAGAAGAGUUCAAUGAGUUACAGAGAAAAAGGAAUUUAGAAUUGGAAGAAAAAAAGGAUACAGAUAUAGCUAAAAAUGAUUUAAAAAGAAAGAAAGAAGAGGAAAGAGCUGAGAAAGAUAAAAAGGAAAAUGAAAAAAGAUAAAAAGACAUUACAGAAAUGACCACUUUGCUUUAAGAUAAAAAAAAAAAACUAGACGAGCUACAAAACAAUAUUGAAGAUUUGCAAAUUUACAAAACUUUCUUGCAUGAGGUCUGCAAAUAAUCAGAGGAAUUUAUGAACGAAGACGAUAAAGAUGAGCCAGAUGUAGAGUCAAUUAUUGAAAGAUAUGAUUAAUUAAGAAAAUUACAAUAAAAAUUUAUGAAUGAUGGGACAAAUACUGAAUAAAUGAUUGAUUAAUUUAAUAAAGACAUUAAUAGGCUGCAACAUUAAUUGGAAGAAGAAGCUUUGUAGUACACAAGUUAAAUGAACGAAAUUAAAAAACAAAUAGAAGAUAUUAACUUAGAGAAUUAGAGAUGGUAAAGCUAAAUUGAGGGGAAGCUUAGUGAAAAUAAUAAUAAAUUAGCCGAUUAUGGCUAAGUUAUUCUUGCUAUAAAGAAUUUAUAUUAUAAUUAAUUCAAAAAUCAACCGAACAUCUAAUAGUAAUAAGCAAAUGAAAAGGAUUCAACAGAAAAUAUACUUAAAAAAUUAGAGUGGAUACAACAAAGAUUAAUUUUUUAUUAUGAAGUUAGAAAAUAAAUUAAUUCUAAAGAAGCUGAGCAACCCAAGUCAAGUGCUAAUAAUCCUCAUUAAAAUUGA